GUAGUAAUAGAGAAAACAAACAUACUCUUUGCUAGCGAAGAAAAAAUGUAGCCUCACAUUUUUUUAUCUUACUUCACCAUUACUGAAAUUCAUUUAUUUAUUUUUCCACUUUUUAUUGUUGUUGUUGUUCAAAUAGCCGAAUAUUUAUUGUUUAUUUUAAAAGUUAUAUUAAUUUGUUAUCGUUAAAUAUGAAUCGAAUAUAUAUAAUUUUAACAGUUUUAUUUUGGCACUUUCACUUCCAAGUGAAUUGUGUGCAACUAGUGGCGUAUAUUUCACAACAUGGAUUACACGGUGAAUUCCAUUUUAAUCAGAGAAAUGAUAAUUCGUUUGAAAUUCGAUCAAAACUUGAGACCACCUUGCAGUAUCCCGAUCAACUGUGGAGUUGGGGAAUUCAUGAAAUGCCCACUGAUUAUCGAGAAGUUCGAGCAGAUCAAAGAUGUCAUACGUCAAAAGUUGGACAGAAAUUAAUCGAAUUUGAUGAUCAUUUGGGUUAUUUACAAUUGCCCGGAAAUGAAUCGACAACGUGGGAAAUUUCACAAGUGAUUAGCAAAAAACAAAUGAUUUGGGGUAAAUCGUUAGUGUUGCAAAAUUUAGACAGUGGAUCAUAUGCAUGUGCGACAAUUGUAACAAUUGAAGAUAAUAUCGAUCAUUUGGCCGAAGCAAGAUUCCAUUCACCGAUUGCCGGUUCGAUCUAUUUCCAUUGGCUUACGGCCAAGGAUACAAUGCAUCGAUUAAAUAUGAUCACAUCAAAUUUAUUUCAUGUGGACAAUACAAGUGAUCGUUCACCAUUCACGACACACUCAUGGAAAAUCUUUGUAACCGAUAUCUUUGAAACGAAUGCGGAAAAAUCACAAAUCAAUUGUAAUGUCUUGCAAUUGAUAUACGAUCCACAAAAUAUGGGCGCUGGAAAAUCAUUGGGCGAUAUUGAUGGUCGUGUUGGUGAGAUAAAAGUGGCCAAAGAUGUUUACAGACAAGAAAUAAAGCAAGUAUUCAAUGACAAUGAAUUAAUUUUAAUUCCAAGUGAUUUGACGGGACCGCAUCGGCAAUUAUUUGUGGUGGUUUAUGAUCAUUUGCAUGAAAAUCGAUUUUUGGCAUGUGCCAAAAUUCGAAAUCUCCGGACACGUAUUGCAAAGUCGAUCUUCAAUUCGAAUGGUGUAAAGGGUGAAGUGACCAUACAUCAACGUUCACCAUUUGAACCGACUUGGUUAAAUUUUACCGUUCAUUCGGCCAAGAAUGAAUUGAGAGAGAAUACAGAGUAUUUACGUGAUUUGGCUGGAUUUCAAAUAAAAAAUUUACCGCCCAAUCCAACAAUGGCCAAUUUGCAUACAUUUUGUGAUAGCACUGGUGAUAUUUACAAUCCAAGCGAUAUUGAAAAUGAUAAAAAACCACCGGCCGGCUAUGGAACCCAAGAUCAGUAUCCGGUGGGUGAUUUAUCGGGAAAAUUACAAAUGCGUAACAAUGAAUAUCCACAUAAUUAUCUGUUACCAAUUACACCGGGCAAUGAAUUGAAUGGCAUUUAUUGGGAUGUAUUUUUACCAAUGCAAGGUUGGUAUAGCAUUGUACAUCGUGGUUUAACCAUCGAACGAUAUAAUCGAACCGAUGCAGCAAAUACGACACGAUCGAACUGGGUUUGUGGCACUUUAACGCUUUAUCAAGAAAAUCGACAAUAUCAAUUGCCAAUGGUCACCGCACAAGUUCUAUUUCGUUAUCCGAUUGUGGGAAAAAUUUUAUUCAGACAACCAAGAGACGAUCCAUUGCACGAAACAACAAUUAUUAUUGAAUAUUUGAUUCAUGCAGAUGGCUCAUCAUUGAAUACAACCAAAGAUCAUCGCUGGGCAAUUCACAGUAAUCCGCCGGGAAAAGAUUUUUAUGAUUGGCAAAAUCGGUGUGUGAGCACAAAUCAAAUACACAAUCCUUAUAAGGUGUCAUUCAAUCCAGAUGAUCCAUCUCGUACGUGUUCAAAAGAGUAUGCAACAAGUUGCCGUUUGGGCGAUUUGACUCAUCGCAUUGCUUCGCUUACGAUUGCCGGAAGUAAAAAGAUGAGGUCAUUGACACGUUCUAUUUUUACCGAUACCACGUUAUCACUUAGUGGAUAUAAUAGCAUAUUUGGAAAAUCAAUUGUUAUUUAUGAUGAUUUUGGACCAAAGGCACGAGGUGAUCGACUCGCCUGCACAACCAUUGAAAGACACUUUCCACGGAAAGUGGUUGCCAGCGAUUGGUAUGGUAAUGGAGUUUCGAUAAGCGUUAAAGGAAAAUUGGAAUUGUAUCAACAGUCAGAGUAUGAAAUAACCAAUAUUGAUGUAAACCUCAAAGGAUUGAAUGCAACAAGUGGCUAUCAUGUUCAUGAAGUGUCUGUCCAAGAGAAUUUAUUGUUUCCAUGUGAAGCUACAACAAUUUACGAUCAUUGGAAUCCACGUGGUGUGAAUGCAAAAACAUCACCGAUGCCCCGUGAGGGUUCAUCGGAUCUCUAUGAAAUGGGCGAUUUAAGUGGAAAAUUUGGCACAUUAGAUCGCCUUACCGAGUACAUGGCCAGCUUUAAUGAUACAAACAUUCCAUUAUUUGGAUAUGAAACGGUAUUGGGACGAUCGAUUGUCAUUCAUAAAAAGCAGAAAAAUGUACGAUGGGCAUGCUCAACAUUGGAACGUGGAUAUAGUCCACAGGAGUCACGUGAAAUUCGAGCAAUUGCAUCGUUUCAUCAUCCAAAAGGUUAUGCAUAUGGAUAUAUGAGAUUUACACAAUUGAUUCACAAUGAUGGCAGCAAAAGUGACACAACGAUCGAAGUGAAUUUAAGACAUCCGGGACAAAAUGAUCGAAAUAUGACUCGACAUCACCAUUGGAAAAUCUUUGUCAAUCCGAUUGGCGUUGAUGCCGUUGUACAACAGACCAUUACACGAUGCGUUGCUGGUGGCUACGUAUGGAAUCCAUACUACACACAGUUGGCCGAUCCACUUAAUACAAAUUUGUAUGAAGAGGAAUGUGGAGCAGAUAAUCCGUUGCGAUGUUAUGUUGGUGAUGUUUCAUUUCGCACAAAUACUAUCGAUAUCGGCGAUAAGCGUGUUAUAUUAACCGAUCAAAAUUUCCCAUUGGAAGGUGAUCAAAGUGCGCUGGGUCGUUCGAUAGUACUGUUUGGACCGAAUUAUUCGCACGAACGAUUUGCCUGCGCAAACAUCGAACCAGAUCAUGACAUCAUUAAAUAUGUGAAUCUUCAACGCCCACCGAAAUUCGUUGUUGCACAAUUUUUGGAAGAAGUUCGACAUGUAAUGGGCGUACCGGAAUGGUUUUUAAGUGUUGAUUCUCGUAAAAUUACAAUUUUACAUGGUGGCGCCUGUAUACAAAUGUUGAUCCAUUUUAAAGGACCGUUGGCCCAUCAAAUGGAACUUGAUUUGUCGCGUUUAAUUGCUGGAGGUCGGCUCGAUUCGCCAACAUUGAACAUUGUCGGUUAUGCGAUGCCAAAACGAAAGAAAGUUUUAGCGCAUAGAGUUUGUGAUCCAAAUGAGAAAAGUGGAAGAAAAACCAGAUAUGGAGGCAGCCCAACUAGCGGCGUCGGCAUGAAUGCGAAAAUUUCAUUAAAUUUCAUAUUGUUACUCCCAGUUUUCGUAGUUACAUUGCUGUGUAAAUUUUUGUAAAUAAAUACGUUAGGCUACUUUCAAAUAAAAAUAGUCACAUUUUGUACCAAAAAACAAAAAUAAA